AUGCGUUCGAAAUGUUUUUAUUUGAUUAUCUGUGUAAGUAUUAUUAUCAAUGUUAAAUCUCAGUUAUCCUCAGAUGACUAUGGUGAUUAUGAUGCACAACAACAACAAAUACAAACAGAACCACUUGUUUUCUUUCGUCGACCACAAUCGGAGCAAGUUGCUAUUGGUAGUAAUGCAAUGUUUUAUUGUAGUUCAUCAUCAAGUCCAAUAAUAUGGUUUAAAAAUGAUGUACCGAUAGGUGCAGGUUCAAAACAUAUAAUAACUAGUCAAUAUCUUCAAAUUUUGAAUGUUGAUGAAAAUGAUGAAGCAACAUAUGCUUGUUCAAUACGUAAUGCAGUUGAAAUGAAAACAGCAUCAGCAAAUUUAACCAUACUUUUUGCUCCUCGUUUCACUCCAUUACCGGAUACAUAUCGUGUUGGCUUGAAAAAUUUAUCUAUUGAAUUAUAUUGUCGAGUUCGUGGAAAUCCUAAACCAACAAUCACAUGGCAUAAAUCUCAUAUAACCCUUCGAUCGUCACAUCGUAUGCGUUUACUUGAUGAUGGUCAAAUUUUACGUAUUAAUCAAUUACGAAGUGAUGAUGCAGGUGUUUACACUUGUUUUGCAGAAAAUUCUCUUCGACGUAUUUCAGCAUCAACUGAUGUUCGUGUUGAGGAUCCUAUACCACCAUUGUUUUCUCGACGUAUGUCAAAUUUAACAACAUAUGAUGGUGCAUCAGUUGAACUUGAAUGUACAGCAACUGGAGAUCCACAACCAAAAAUUGAAUGGUUUCGAGAUAGUUUUCCUAUUCAUUAUAGUGUUCAAUAUAUAUUAAAAGAAGAUGGAUCACUUUUACUUCCACGUGUUGCUACUAAUCAAUCAGGAUAUUAUACGUGUAAAGCAUCGAAUUAUGCUGGAGCAGAAGUUCAUUCAUUUUGGGUAACUGUUAUUAAUGAUAAUCAAAUAACGGAUGAACUUAUUGAUCGUCUUGUACAACAAGCAUCAAUAGAAGUUAAUCGCGCUGUUGCAGAAACAAUACGACAUUUACAAGAUCGUCGUCGACCACGAACACCAGGAGAUUUAAUGUCAUUAAUGAAAUUUCCUAAACCAUUACAAUUAACAUUAGCUAAAACAGAAGAUAUUUUUGAACGAGCACUUGAUCUUGUUCAUCGUUAUGUUGAUAAUAUUACAUUUGCAAAUGAAUAUUCAACAAAUGAAAGACGACCUAGUGAUUUUCGACCUGAUCAUUAUCUUACAGCUCGUCAAUUAGAACGUCUUGCACUUGUCUCUGGUUGUGUAGUUCAUCAAUUAAAAACUCACUGUAAUGAAAAAUGUAUGGCAUAUCGUACAGCAGAUGGAACAUGCAAUAAUUUAAGACAUCCAUUUUGGGGUGCUUCGUUAACAGCCUUAACACGUUGGCAACAUGCACAAUAUGAAAAUGGUUUUAAUACACCACGUGGUUGGAAUGAAACCAAAUUAUAUAAUGGUUAUGUAUUACCAUCAGCACGUGAAGUAUCAGCAAGAUUAAUAGCAACUAAAACUAUUACACCUGAUCCAGCUUUUUCUCAUAUGCUUAUGCAAUGGGGUCAAUUUCAAGAUCAUGAUAUGUCAUUAACAGUACAAGCAACAAGUAAUACACGUUUUUCUGAUAGUCUUCGUUGUAUAUCAUCAUGUUCAUUUGAACCUCCAUGUUAUCCUAUACGUGUUCCUGAUGAUGAUCAUUUGCGUCAAGAACGUGGUUCAUGUCUUGAAUUUGUACGAUCAGCUGCUAUAUGUUUAAGUGGUGAAACAUCAUUUCUUCAUUUACCAUAUCGACGUGAACAAAUUAAUUCCUUAACAUCAUUUUUUGAUGCAUCAAAUGUUUAUGGUUCAACGGUACAAGAUGCUUGGGAUUUAAGAGAACGUAGUUCAGGAAAAGGUUUUCUUAGAGUUCAUAGUACACCACAAUAUCCAAAAGGAUUACUUCCAUUCAGUACUGAUACACCUGUUGAUUGUCAACGUGAUCGACAAGCAUCACAAAUUGGUUGUUUUCUUGCAGGAGAUCAUCGAGUAAAUGAACAAGUUGCUUUAAUUGCAAUGCAUACACUUUGGGUACGACAACAUAAUCGUUUAGCUAAACAACUUAGUUCAAUGAAUCCAAAUUGGUCGGAUGAACAAGUUUAUCAAGAAACACGAAAAAUUAUUGAAGCACAAUUACAAAUUAUAACAUAUAAACAUUGGUUACCAUAUAUUAUCGGUGAUGAAGGUAUGAAUAUGCUUGAAUCAUAUAAAGGAUAUAGUCGAAAUGUUAAUCCAACGAUUUCAAAUGUUUUUGCUACUGCUGCAUUUCGUUUUGGUCAUGGUUUAAUUAAUCCAAUAUUUUAUCGUUUAAAUGCAAGUCUUGAACCAAUUCCUGAAGGAAACCUUCUUCUUCGUGAUGCAUUCUUUUCUCCAUGGCGUGUUAAAGAACAAGGUGGUAUUGAUCCAUUAUUACGUGGAAUGUUUGGUGUACCAGCUAAAAUAAAAUUACCUCAACAAAUUCUUAAUGUUGAAUUAACUGAACGUUUAUUUCAUGUAACACGUGCUAUAUCACUUGAUUUAGCUGCAGCAAAUAUUCAACGUAGUCGUGAUCAUGGUUUACAAUCAUAUAGAGCAUGGCGAAAAUUUUGUAAUUUAACACCAAAUGAUAUUAAUGAUUUUGAGGAUUUACGUAAUGAUAUAAGUGAUCAAGAAACACGUCGUACAUUACGUGAUGUUUACAAACAUGUUGAUAAUAUUGAUGUUUGGGUUGGUGGAAUACUUGAAGAUAAUUUACCUGGUGCAAAAGUUGGACCACUUUUUCGUUGUUUAAUUACUAAACAAUUUAAAGCACUUAGAGAUGGAGAUAGAUAUUGGCAUGAAAAAUCUGGUAUAUUUACACCUCAACAAAUGAGUUCAUUACAAAAAACUUCAUUAGCUAAAGUACUUUGCGAAAAUGGAGACCGUAUUGAGCAAAUACCACGAAAUGUGUUUUUGAAUGCAAUGUAUCCACGAGAUUAUGUACCAUGUUCACAUAUAGAAGAUGUUGAUCUUGAACCAUGGCGUGGAUGUUGUAAUCAAAACAUGGCUGGAUCUAAUGCAGUUUGUAAUGUUCCGGCUAUACUUUCAUAUGAUCCAUUUCCUAAUUAUGAACCAUCUAGAUUUGCUACUAAUGCACGACAAAAAAGAGAAAUUGUAGAACAAAAUGCACAAGAAAAAAUAGAAGAUGAAACAAUAACAAAAGAUGAUCAAUUAGAAUUAGAAAAACUUCGUCAACAAGUUGAUGAAGUUUUGAAAAAGGUUAGAAUAAUCAAUCUCUUUGCAACUUUUGAUAAACGUUUAACGACUGGUACACAUUGUUAUGAUCAAAAUACAAGAAAAUUACAUAAAAAUGGCACUAAAUGGCAUGUUCAUAAAUGUCUUGUUUGUCAAUGCAAAGAUGCAACAAGUUUAUGUGAAAUUAUCUGUUAA